AUAGGAAGCCGCGAUGACUAUGUGAGCCACGAAAGAAAACUCCACAAAAGACUUUUCAACAGCAGCGAUUAUUACAGCGUCGACCUGCUACCUAGACUUAAUAAGUCUCACGUUAUCAACAUUUGGUUCGGAUUCGAACUCGUCAAAAUAGUAGAAGUGGUGAGGUUUUUAACAAUUUUUAAAAGAGCAACUAGUUCAUUUCCGCCCUCGGUAAUGGGUGAUUCUGCGUUCUCACUCACGAAGAUCUCCUUUAUCAAGAUUUAUUUUCAAGUAAGAUGUCCUCCAUUGUUAGGAGACAUCAUUUCAGAGUUAGCCAUGCCCCAAAGCGGAGCUCCUGUUAAAUUUCUACCCAUCUACUUGAAAACAAUCAAAUUUUGACCAUUGUAAUCAAAAUUAAUAGCUCUGACACAAAGAAUUUAUCCGCGAAGCAAAAAUCAUCAACUGGCCACGGUUGUUCAAACCUUGGAUAGCGCUGUCCACCGGAUAAAUCACUAUCCAGUGGAUAAGUGUUAGGGAAACCAAUUGCGCUAUCCAGUGGAUAGUGAUUUAUCCGGUGGAUAGCGCUAUCCACCUUUUGAACAACUGGGACCUGGCCAGCAGGAAAAUUUAAAAUACUUGAUCUUGAUCUCGAUGAGAAGUGCACCUGCAAUAUUGUCAUAUGAAACAGGUCAGCGGAUACCAGUCUUUAAAGGAACGAUAGUAUGGAUUUCCAAAUGACCGCUUGGAACAUCUGUAAGGGUGAUGUUUCACAUUGGUUUACUUGGUGAAUUUGACGCCCGUUCGAAGUACGCUCACGUGACAACCAAAUGUUCUCGAAAGAUGGAUGCCACAUUUUUCUAACUACAGCUAAGCAAAGAGCUCCGCUAAAAUUUAGGAUGAUUUUGUAAAACCGGCCCCUAAUCAGGAAGUGUAAUCGCAGUUGUUUCUGGGGGCGAACAGCGUGGCUUUGACGUUAAAGUGGCAAGAUGAACCACUUUAAACUGAGAACGCUGCUAGGCGGCUUUUAUCCCAGGAGAAAUUCAUUAAUCUACCUCCAGAUUCUUUUACAGACGUUUGAUUAUUCGGUUGAAGUUUUGCAUUAUUGGUAAUCAUAUUAGAGUGCUUAAGUGAUGCAUUUCGAUGAAAAAAGGAAACGAACAAGUAAAAACGUCAUUCAUGAUUACAAGAACAUGUGUAUUUAGAAACUCUUAGUCAGUUAUAUUAGAACUGUUAUUAUCUCUUGGCCCAUGUAAGGAAAUCCAAGAUAGUCUUGGAUUCUGGAUUCCCCGCCAUGAAUUCCGGAUUCCAGGUACUGGAUUCCAGUCAUUGUAAGUGAAAAUUGGAUUUUAGAUUCCAGUCAUUAGUGGGAUUCGGGAUUCCUUGAGCUGUAUUGCGGAUUCAAAAGCCUAGGAAUCCGGAUUUCAUAAGCAAAAUUAUCCCGGAUUCCGGAACCCGGAUCAUUCCAUUCCAUGGGGCAAAUCUCCAGCUGCAAAGAAAAUACCGAUGGUUCUUUUUAUUAUCAGCGUUUUUAAUGGUUUCUUUAACAGAACGCAAAAGAACAGUCCAUUAUAGUCAUCGCUUGGGUUACUCAGGUAAGUUUGAUCAGUGAUAUUAAAAUCACAGAUUAACUUAAAGCCCGUGCAAACGUGUUGGAUAUUACAUGUAGCGUCCGUUUGCACACCCUGUAGCAUGUUGUUGCGUGUUGUUGGGAGUUGUUGCGCAGAGCUUGGAACCGGUCAAACUUUUAGCUACGUGCAAACGGACGCAACAACUCCUAACAUUGUUGCCCCAACAAUGUUGGGAGUUGCUUCCUGCAAACGGACGCAACAACUUCCAACAUUGUUGCCCCAACAAUGUUGGGAGUUGGUGGGUCCGUUUGCACCCAGCUAUAGGUAAAGUAUAUCAGUUAUCUCAGUAAUCGUUACCCUGUGAAAACCGUAGCCGACAUUUCGGGAUACCACCUCGUUACCUCAGGAAAAAACGAGGAGCGGUUGGGUAAUGUCAACCGUUUCUUCAACCUUGUCCCAUAUAUCCCUUAAUCACGUACAAUAAGAAUGACUGGAAACACUGAUCAUAGUGUUAUAUAGGCGUGGCAUUUAUAAAGAGUUAGUAUAAUGUGCUAACAAAGUAAAUCACAUCAUGAGAUCACAAGAAAAAUUUCGGCUGUUGCUAUUUAUGUUUACCCCUUAGCGUUGGGAAAAUCCUUUGCUGUGUUGGAACGAAUCCGAAUUUGGUGGAAUAGAAAAAAUCCACUUGGAAGCAAAGAAGGUCUGGGUUCCGGAUAUUCUUCUUUAUAACAAGUAAGUUGUUCACGGUUUUCCCUUUAUCUAAGUAUUAGUGCACAGAUAUUAAAGUACAAGCCGCCUUUCAAAAGAACAAGAGCACUCUAUUUUUACGGAGUCCGGUAGUUAUGUGCUUAAUCCCUAAACUCAACAAAAUCACCCAAUUUCACAUUUUAUAUAGCAAAAAGUGAAAGUACUGCUGAUUAAGUUUCAUUUGAAUAGUUACAGCAUGUAAUUUCGUCCACAGACUCAAAACUUAGAACCACCCUAUGUACCUACAAGACUCAGGGUGAUCACCUACUCUGAAAGGAUUUAAGACACUGGAGGGCUGAAAUCCUGGAGUGCGGUGGUUGUUAACUUUUUUAAUGUUCAUUCAGAAUCAGAUGACCGUUAGUGCAGUGGCAUUGGAAGGCGAAAAUGCAACUCGAAAAAUUUCGACGAACGAAUGAAGCAACAUUCGUAACUCGGUCCCACUCAACAUACUUUAGUUGAACUUUAGCGAAUGCUUCAACAUACGAUAUCGGAAAUUUCAAUCAUUACCUUAUUAUUUUUAUCAGAGAAAAACAAUCACUUAUGGAUGAUUUUUUGUGGUCGUUUGCACUAAAGAAUACUAUUAAUAAUAACAAUAAGAACACGAUAACGAUAAUAAUAAUAAUAAUAAUAAUAAUGAUAAUAAUAAUAUUAAUAAUAAUGAUCGCCAUUAUCCUUCUUCCACAGCAAUGACGAUGAAGAUCAUUUCGUAGGUGGCCGAAGCACUUUUCGUUCAGGGGUGACUUUGAAUUCUAACGGAACCACAAGUUGGGGCAACCCAAUGAUUUUUACAAGUGUGUGCAAAAUAAAUGUGAAAUACUUCCCCUUUGAUACUCAAGAAUGCCAACUGAAAUUUGGCUCAUGGAAUUAUGAUGCCCACACGUUGAACAUCACGCCAAUAAAGCAUUACAAAUUUCCAAGCAAAGAUUUCCAAGAAAAUGGCGAAUGGAAAGUUAUCAUGGUUAAAAUAAAGCGAAAGGAGGAGAUUUAUCAAUGCUGCACAGAACCAUACGUAGACGUCACAGUUACCAUUAAAAUGGCACGACAGAGCAUGGAUUACUUUAUCAAAUUCAUUCUUCCGUGCUGUUUGAUUUCCUCCAUGAUUUUUCUCGGGUUUGUUCUUCCUCCAGAGUCGGGAGAGCGUAUUGGUCUUAGCAUCACCGUGUUGUUGGCGAUGACCGUGUUUCAACAGCUGACGUCCGAAAUCAUGCCGCCUUACGACUUUCCCAUCCUUGGGCAGUAUUAUUUUGCCAUCAUCUUAGAGAUUGGAGCAUCGGUUGUCGUCACAACGAUGAUUUUAAACUUCUAUCAUCGCACCAAUCGAAAGAUGCCUCGAUGGAUGAAGAAGCUGGUGAUCAACUGGAUGGCGGUUAUCGUUUUCUUAACGGAUACCCCCGAGACUCGAAAAAUAAAGCGUCGAAAGUCUUCCAGGCGAAGCCGUCGGAAAAUUACAAGAUUAGCAAACGACAACGCCAUCGCAAAGUUGACGGAAGACGGAAAAGACCAGCACAGCCAAGGGUUUAAUGUGACUUUUAGUGACACAAUGUACUGCGGCACUCCAUCGUCUGAGACCAUUGGCACAGAGAUGGAGAAUCUUGGCUGCCAGAACAAUUACGGAAUAAAUGCGUUCCAGUUCAUGAUUAAUAACCAUGAGGGGGUAGACAAUACUACGAAAGAAGAGACUCGUUCAUAUAGGGAAGAUGGGGAACAUUUGAGCGAAGAUGAGUUGGCCAUUAGGCACUGGGAAUGGACACUCGUCGCUAGGAUUCUGGAUCGAUUCUUCCUGGUUGUUGCGGUCAUUUGCGGCAUCGUAACAGUCUCAGCGAUAUUUUUACGGGCGCCAAAACUAUGGGACGCAUCGCCUGAAUUAACGAAGAACAACGCUAAACUUAUGGUUGAUGAAUAG